AUGGCUUUCGUCGUCGACGUCGUCUCUGAAGACUCCUUCUAUGAGAACCUCACUCUGGGUCUCAUUCGCCUGCUGGAGUCGCGGCCCGGGGUGAAGGAUGUGUCGCUGGAGCGCCGGCUGCCGUGCGAGCGCGCGCUGCUGGGCGCCUGGGAGCAGCGACACUGCUGCGCCCUUCCGGCAGACCUCAGGCACUUCUACGCCUCCACCGACGGCUUCCUGCUCACCUGGAGCUACGAGUACGCAGGCGAGGUGCUGCCUCUGGGCUGGUUGGGCGUGAACGCACUGGCCGAGCUGCGACGGCUGACGGGCGUACGCUGCGCCGACGACUGUCCCCAGCUGCCUGAGCUCGAUACCGCCGCCAGCGCCGCCACCGGCAGCGCCAAGGACCAGCAGCGCACCACGCCCUCCUUCACUGCGCGCUGCAAGGUGUUCGAGGUGAGCGGCGUGCGGGGCGGCGGGAAGGUGUGCCUCGUCUUCCCCGAGGGCCACAUCUGGCUGCUCGACCGCAGCUUCCAGUGGCACCACCUGGCCGACAGCUUCAGCGCCUACUUCCGCAUGAUGCUCGUGCACCAGGGCCUGCCGCAGUGGCAGCUGCGCUUCACCACCAUGGGGCUCACGCCCUGGGCCGAGCAAAUGAUGGUGCUGGUGGCGCCGCACCUGGUGCAGCAGGCGUCGUCGCCGGCGCCGGUGGACUGGAGCGAGGCGCCGCUCAACCACCUGGACCCCGCCGUGCUGAAGGCGCCCGCCCAGAAACCGAUGAGGAAAUAUGUUGUUCGUUGGCUUGAUGAAGACACCGUCGCGGCAUACACCUGA